UCCCCACCAAAUUCACAAGCUGUCGCCUGAUUGUGCAACCUCUCGAACCCUUCCCACGAAGUAGAUUCAGGUUAAAAUGGCGCAGAAAAGUGAGGACUUGCUGCAGCGACCGCUGUAUGUGUUUGACCUGCCGAAAGAGCUGCUGGCAACUCUCGAAUACAAAGACCAGUCCGGUCGGCCAGUCGCUACGCCAGCGCCCGAAGCACAAACACCCUCGAAUGGAUCAAUAGAGAGACUGGAGGGGGAAGAUGGUGGCGCAACGAAGGCGACAUCCUGCAACCUCUGCACACUCAAUUUCAGCUCUGUGGAUGAGCAGCGCAAACACGUACGAUCAGACCUGCAUGGCUACAACUUGAAGCAGAAGAUCAAGGGGCAAAAUCCUGUGGGAGAAGUCGAGUUUGAAAAGCUUAUUGGAGAUCUGGACGAGAGCAUAUCGGGCUCCGAGUCAUCCGAGUCGGACGAAGAGGAGGACGAGAACGGAAAGCCAAAGGACUCCACGCUGAGUGCGCUUUUGAAGAAGCAAGCCAAGAUACAAGAUCCUGAAUUUGACGAGUUUGCGGCAAAGAAGAAGCAGCGAGGGCCUGGCAACGCGCCUUUGUUAUGGUUCUCCUCACCCAAGCUAGCAGAGAACGUGUCUCUGGGGAUAUACCGCGCGAUUCUCACCAAUGCGGAACAGGAAGAGACAUCACACAUCGUCGAGACAAUACGAAGCAAGCAGCUCGCUCCUGUGCAGCCACCCAAGAUCAAAUCUUCUGAAGGCGGCGUCCCGGUCCCUCAGACAGAUAUUGGGCCGCAUUACUUCCUCGCCAUGAUCGGUGGUGGCCAUUUUGCCGCUAUGAUUGUGGCGCUGGCACCGAAGACUGGCAAGAGCCACACUGGGGUUGACGAGCGGUCAGCUACGGUCAUUGCGCACAAGACAUUCCACCGGUACACAACGCGACGGAAGCAGGGUGGCUCGCAGUCGGCGAAUGACAACGCAAAGGGUGCCGCGCAUUCAGCAGGUUCAUCGAUACGAAGAUACAACGAGAACGCGCUGAUUCAGGAGGUCCGCGAUCUGAUGACAAGCUGGAAGUCGAUGAUCGAUACUGCAGAGUUGGUCUUCGUACGUGCAACAGGUGCCACAAAUCGACGGACUCUGUUCGGUCCAUACGAGGGACAGGUUCUCCGUACGAACGACCCCAGGAACAGAGGCUUUCCGUUCAGCACACGACGUGCGACACAGAAGGAACUUAUGCGUGCAUUUGUUGAGCUUACACGGGUCAAGCAAAGCACCAUCGACGAAGCAGCGCUUGCGGCACUCAACGCUCCGCAGCCUGAAGAGCAAUCGAAAAAGCCAGUAGCGAAGCCCAAGCCUCAAAAGCCAUCGAAGGAGGAAGAGACAGCCAUGCUCCAUUCAUCACAGAUUAUUCCGCUAAUCAGACGAUCAAAAGUACCUGCGUUGUUGAACUACAUCAAGACCAACGCCAUUCCUCCCACAUUCACGUUUUUGCCAGAAAACCACCACACACCGACACCCCUACACCUGGCUGCCUCGCUCAACUCGGCUCCCAUCAUCUCUGCGCUCCUCAACAAGGCCGGCGCAGACCCCACCGUCAUGAAUGACGACGCGAGGACACCUUUCACUCUCGCGGGCGACAGAACAACUCGCGACGCCUUCCGCGUGUCACGAUCUGAGCUCGGCGAAUCAGCCUGGGACUGGGAGAAGGCCGGUGUGCCUGCCGCACUGACGAAAGCAGAAGCAGACAAGCGCGAAGCACAAGACAAGUCUGAGAAAGCUGCUGAGUCCAAAGCAGAAACGGAGCGCAGAAAAGCAGAAACAGAGCGUGUGAGGAAGGAAAGUGAGGCAGCAGAGUCAGCACGUACUACGCAGCGCCUGGGCAAGGGGAAGACGCUUGGUGCGUUGCCAGUCAAGACAGCUGCUGAGAUACGCGAAGAGCAAGCAAGAGGACUCACACCAGAAGCCCAAGCGCGACUCGAACGCGAAAGGCGAGCGCGCGCCGCAGAAGAGCGGAUGAAGCGUUUCGCGCAGGGCUCUUAGUGCAUCAAUACUAUAACCACCCCCAUUACUUUGAUAUUACUC